AUGGCAACAAACUACACCCUCAUCACGCUGGCCAUCAUCGCCGGCUGCGGCGUCUGCGUCUUGCUCGGCUGGGCAGUGGCACAUCAGUUCUUCCCCGACACCACCACGUCGAGUCGGCAUCAGCACGAAGGCGGGAUGGAGUUCGACCAGCAGCAGUAUAUGCGUGAGGUGCGGUUGCGGCAUCAUGAGGAUUUGGCUGCUAUGUUUGGGGGACGACGGGUUCUGGAUAACGCUCGGCGGGAUGCGAAGUCGUGGUAUGGUCGGGGUGCGGGACGGGGGUCUGAGGUCUCUGGUUGA